AUUUGUCAAGCUGACGUCAAUAAAGUAAACGUCAAAAUGAUUUCCGAGUACAGGGGAGAUUUUAAUAGAUAAAUAGUUUUUUAAAUCGUUCCUUAUAAUAAUGGUGCCUUAAAAUAAAUAUUUUGUUAUCAUGGAAAGCAAUACCAAGGAAUUUACAUUGCCACCGGCACCGCGGGGCUUGUGUUUUGACCGAAAUGAUUUCGUCAAGACGAGUUUUUCAGUGGAUAGUUUCCUCGCAGAUCAUCACAAUGUGGCGUCAUUGGAGACAAUGCGCGAUGACCUGGGUGUCUAUCUCAAAGUCCUUAGAUUGGCCAUGAUAGAACUCAUUAACAAGGACUAUGCGAAUUUUGUGAACCUUUGUGCAACACUGAUAGGCUUUGAUAAGGCUCUGGUGAAAGUGCAGGUGCCAUUGAGCCAACUGAAUGAUGAAGUUUCAAAUGUAAAACAAUGCCUGGAAGAUGCUAUGAAAGAGUUGAUGCUAUGGCUGAAUCAGAGACAUGCCCUAAUUAAGAAAAAACAUCUCUUAAAAUGUUACAGUCAAAGUAUGAACUGUCUGAAUACUUUGGAAAAUAUAUUGAGUGACAUUUCAGAUAAAAGAAAAGCAGAGAAAGUCAUCAUAGCGGACAGAGCUGUGAUGCAAUACAAUCAACUAAAAUUUUCAAUAUCAAAAUGUGAUAAUCUUAUCAGACCUGAGCAAAAGAAACAAUUUAACGAAGUUGGAGGGAAACUAGUGCAGAUGCUAAACGAACUGCUCUUUCAGUUUUGGGAUGAUAAUAAUGAAGAGUACCUAUUAAAAACAUUACUGACAUUAACAAUGUUGGAUAGAGUUUCUGAAACUGAGAUGCUAAUAAGAAAACAGGCAGUAGCUCCCUUACUUCAAAAUAUUAUAAAUGAACCAGCUUUACAAAAAAAUAAAGAAGGUCUCCAAGGGAUCUAUAAGAAUAUUCUGUCUUUACUAGACACUAAACUGAAACUGCUUGUUUCAGUCACCCAACAUUCCAAGAUGACAUUUCUUACAAAUAAAUAUAGGUUUUUAGUAAACUGUUUCUGGUGUGAGGUUGAAAACCGUCUUGAGGUGAAUCUAGCAUCAAUAUUCGCUCCUGGCAACCCACAAUUAUUUUAUAGAAGGUAUAGUGAAAGUAUGCAUUUUGUUACAAAAUUGGAAGAAUAUUGUGACUCACAGGAAACUGUUAAAUUAUUACAUGAAACACCAGAAUAUAAGAGCUUUCUGCGGAGAUGGAACUUGCCAGUAUAUUUUCAAAUUAGGUUUCAAGAAAUAGCAGGUGGCUUUGAAGCAUCACUCAAAUCCAGUUCUACAUUGGAAAGUAAUGAAGGUUUUAUUUUACUAGAAACUUACAAGUGCUGGAAAGCUCUUCAGGACUGCUGGUCUGAUGGUAUUUAUAUUGAAGCUUUGGUUCACAAGUUCUGGAAGUUGUCAUUGCAAUUAAUAUCUAGAUAUUCUAUGUGGAUCUCAAGUAUUUGUUCACAGAAAUCCAGUCAAAAUACAGAAACAACAGCUAUAAAUCAAAAACUUGUUGAUAGCAGCAUAAAUCUAUAUAUUGACAGUAGAACAUUGUUGGAGAAAUUGCCAAACUUUAUAGAACAUAUUGAAAAUAAAGUUCACAGCAAUAAAAGUAAAGAACUACUGAAACAAAGUUUAAAACCCACAGAGGAACUUUUACAAGGAACAAAAUCUAAAAUAUGUGAAUGCAUUGUUAAUGAACUAUUUCAGUAUUUUAAUGUACAGCUUAAGCAAGUCAGUGAUAUACCCAGAUUGUACAGAAAAACAAAUAGGAGCAUACCUACCAAACCAUGCACCUACAUUGAUGUAAUUGCCAAAACAUUGAAUGAAUUCAAUGAAAAUACUUCUAAGAAAGUAGACCAGACAUUUCUAAGUGAACUUUACAAUUCAUUAUUUAAUGUUAUGACUGUAUUGUAUUAUAAAUAUGUUGAAGAUGUAUUGGUUUCUGUACAUAGAACUGAAGAGUCAUUGAGAAGAUUGAAACAAAUUAGAGACAUGGGUACUCAACCAAGUAGUGACAGUACUGGCAUCACUGAUGGAGACAAAAUUAGGUUGCAGCUGAACGUGGAUGUAGUCUCCUAUAGCAGUUUGGCACAACACCUUCUUGUUAAUGUAAAUAGUGUGCACAAGCUAACAGAGUUGUCAUCCAUGGUUACAGAAGCUGUAAAACAUAUAGAUAUUAAAUGAUAUGCCCUGUUAUAUA